CACCACACCCCGGUGCGUCUCCAACGCCGGCUGGAAACGCACAGCAAAUGAACAGAUUUACAAAUCGCUAAUUUCACCAUACAAUAAUCACUCUAAAGAUCUUCGUCCUCCACAUCGACGGAUCGAGCAAAACCCGUAGGUCGAAGAACCGCCAUAGAUAUGGCGUCGAAGGUGACACCACCUCCUCUUCCGAAAUCAGGAGCAAUCUCCAAAGGCUACAAUUUCGCUUCCACUUGGGAACAGAAUGCUCCUUUGACAGAACAUCAACAAGCAGCUAUUGCUUCCUUGUCUCAUGCCGUCGCUGAGCGGCCACUUCCUGCCAAUCUUGUGCAUGAUCAUGUUCAACGACCCGAGAAUGGCUUGUCUGUCGCAGGAGAGGAUGCGAAUGUGGGAGAUUCUGGAGCAAUUGAAGCUGUUUUGACUAGUACCAGUCAGUUCUAUAAAUGGUUUACUGAUCUUGAAUCAGCUAUGAAGUCUGAGACCGAGGAGAAGUAUAGGCACUAUGUCAACACUUUGACUGAGCGGAUCCAGACGUGUGAUGAUAUACUUCAGCAGGUUGAUGAAACGCUUGACCUAUUUAAUGAAUUGCAACUACAGCAUCAAGCUGUAACAACAAAGACAAAAACUCUUCACGAUGCAUGCGACCGGCUGUUAAUGGAGAAGCAAAAACUUAUGGAGUUUGCUGAAGCACUUCGGAGUAAGCUCAACUAUUUUGAUGAAUUGGAGAAUAUAUCCUCCAAUUUCUAUGCUCCUAAUAUGAAUGUAUCAAACUCAAACUUUCUCCCUCUACUGAAACGGCUUGACGAGUGUAUUACGUAUGUCGAGAGCAAUCCUCAAUAUGCAGAAUCUAGUGUUUAUUUGCUGAAAUUUCGUCAGCUCCAGUCGCGGGCACUGGGCAUGAUCCGGGCAUACAUACUUUCUGUUCUUAAAACUGCUGCUUCCCAGGUUCAGACAGCUUUCCGUGGCAAUGCUGGAAACAGAGCAUCCGUCUCAGAGGGUCUUGAGGCAUCUGUUAUCUAUGUUCGCUUCAAGGCUGCAGCUAGUGAGCUUAAACCUGUCCUGGAGGAAAUCGAGAGUAGAUCAUCAAGAAAGGAAUACGUUCAAAUCCUUUCUGAAUGCCACAGACUAUACUGUGAGCAACGGCUUUCUCUGGUAAAAGGCAUAGUUCACCAGCGGAUAACUGAGUUUGCCAGGAAAGAAGCAUUGCCAUCAUUGACUAGAUCUGGCUGUGCAUAUUUAAUGCAGGUUUGCCAACAAGAGCAUCAAAUGUUUAUUCAUUUCUUUCCAGCAUCUUCAGAAGACAUUUCAAGUCUGGCACCUUUAGUAGACCCUCUGUCUAUGUACUUAUAUGACAUAUUGCGUCCAAAACUCAUUCAUGAAACAAAUAUUGACCUUCUUUGUGAGCUCGUCCAUAUCCUUAAAGUUGAGGUCUUGGGGGAACAACCUGCUAGACAAAGUGAACCCCUGUCCGGGCUACGACCUACACUGCAAAGAAUUUUAGCUGAUGUUCACGAGAGGUUGACUUUCCGUGCCAGGACACAUAUUCGGGAUGAGAUCGCAAAUUAUAUUCCAUCUGAUGAUGAUCUGGAUUACCCUGCCAAAUUGGAGAAGUCUUCCGAUGCAACAUCCGAAACUAAUCUCGUGGUGCAGGAUGGGGAAAACCCUGAUGUAUUCAAGACUUGGUAUCCACCUCUGGAGAAAACCCUUUCAUGUCUCUCUAAGUUAUACCGUUGCUUAGAACCUGCCGUCUUCACGGGACUAGCUCAGGAAGCAGUGGAAGUUUGCUCUCUGUCAAUCCAGAAAGCCAGUAAGCUUAUCACUAAGCGCUCAACUCCAAUGGAUGGGCAGCUUUUCCUAAUCAAACAUCUCCUUAUAUUGAGGGAACAGAUUGCCCCUUUUGAUAUUGAAUUUUCUGUCACCCACAAAGAGCUCGACUUCUCUCAUUUGUUGGAACACUUGCGAAGGAUUCUUAGAGGUCAGGCCUCACUCUUUGACUGGUCAAGAUCAACUUCCCUGGCGAGGACCCUAUCGCCUCGAGUUUUGGAGAGUCAAAUUGAUGCCAAGAAGGAACUGGAAAAAUGUCUCAAGGCAACCUGUGAGGAGUUCAUCAUGUCAGUCACUAAGUUAGUUGUGGAUCCUAUGCUUUCAUUCGUUACCAAGGUCUCUGCCAUAAAAGUUGCUCUAUCCACUGGAACUCAGAAUCAAAAGGUAGGGUCUGUUAUGGCCAAGCCGAUAAAGGAACAAGCUUUCGCUACUCCAGAUAAGGUGGCUGAAAUUGUUCAGAAGGUAAAUGCUGCAAUCCAGCAAGAGCUGCUGCUCGUCUUGGCAAAAAUGAAACUCUAUCUGCAAAACCCAUCAACAAGGACAAUUCUUUUCAAGCCAAUCAAGACGAAUAUUGUGGAAGCUCACGCCCAAGUUGAGUCCUUGCUCAAAGCCGAGUACUCGUCGAAAGAGCGAAGCGACAUCAAAAUGAUAUCCAUUCAGGAUUUGCAGACGCAACUCGACAAUCUGCUUUAGGUAUUUCCCUUUCCAUGCUCAUCCACUUCACCUCUACCGAUCAAAUCAUUCGCGAAGUGGUUUCGUCACAGAGCCGAGUGAGAGAGAGGAUAAUCUUCGGUUGUUCAUCGGAACAGAUGCCAUCGUUCACGAACUGUUCUAAUACUCUACAGGUUUAAUGGCUUCAACAACUCUUUUUUUUUUUUUUUUUUUAAUGGUUUCACCAAUAGCUGUAAAAGCUAAAAGAGCUAUUUACACGAAAGAGUUCACUUUUAAGUUACGAGAUCAUAUGGUGUGUGAUCUUUGUUGGACAAUUGGUGAAAUUUAGGGUUAAUAAAUAUUCAUAUACAAAUAGCUAA